AUGGCUUCUUUAAUUGACUCUGCCAAAAACACUAUCGCUGAGAACUUUGGUGGUCCCGCCGAACAACUCGCCACCCACCAGUUCUCCCUCUCAGAGACUCCCAAUCUCUCCGGUAAAGUCGCUGUCGUAACAGGCGGCAGCGAAGGAAUCGGUUACGGCAUAACCCAUACCCUCCUCACUCACGAUAUUAGCAAGCUCUUCAUCCUUUCUCUCUCAGAAGAGGUUGUCAAGGGCGCCAAAAAGUCCGUCGCCGAAGAGCUCGGCCAAGAGAAGGCUGACCGCACGGAAUGGAUUCAGUGCGAUCUCAGCAGCUGGGCUGAAGUCAAGAAGGCUGCUGAAAAGAUCAAGAACUCUACUGAUCGGUUGGAUAUUCUGGUUAACAAUGCUGGACGUGGUAUUCAGACCUAUCAGCUCUCGCCGAUGGGGGUUGAUCAGCACAUGGCGACGAACCAUUUCGGUCAUGUUAUCUUGACGAGUUAUCUUCUUGAGCUUUUGAAGAAGACUUCUGAGAAACAUGGCACUGUGAGGAUUGUGAACCAAGCCUCGAAUGCUCAUCAGGGUGCUCCAAGCGACGUUAAGUUUGAGAGCUUGGAUGAACUCAACACGGAUCUCGGACCUAACCCUCAGUAUGGGCGAUCGAAGCUGGCAAACAUCCUGUACACUCGCUACCUUGACCGCAAUGUUACAAAGGCCGGGUCGCCUAAGAUUGUGGUGAAUGCUUCUCAUCCUGGUUUUGUCAGUACCAGACAGAGCACUGAGCAUAUCCACGAAGCCAGAUACCCUCUCGCUGGAUACGCGAUGUCAGCUGGCAUGGAGCCCUUCAAGAAGGAUCAAUUCCAGGGCGCUACUAGCGCUGUGUACGCUGCGACUAUCACUGAUAAGUCCGGACAAUACAUUUGUCCUCCUGCUGUGCCUGAACCAGGUAGCGAGUUUUCACAGAAUGAGAAGCUUGGAGAUCAGUUGAUGGAGUUGACGAGGAAAAUCAUCAGCGAGAAGUUCGAGGAGUUUGAUGACCGCAAGUUUUACUAA